CAUCGCAAAACAUAACAGCUUUGCUUUACUUGGGAUUUGGUUUUGUUUGGAGUGCUAUAUAUAAGUCCACCAGUGUCGGUGUGCAUGUGCGUCACUGCUGAAUUAUCGCUCUGCUUCUAAAUAAAAUCUCUUUCUUUUCCAAACAAGUCACUGCUUCAAUCUGUGCAACUGGGUUAUCUUAGGAAGGGAAAAAGAUUCGAUUUUUGUCCUUGAUUUUUCUAUGGGUGUGUACUUUAUGUUCUUGCAAGAUUAAUCAUUGAUUUGUUGCGUGACAGGCGCAUUGAGAGAUGAGUUUAAGUAAUGGGAAAACUGAGGCUCCAUUGCCAAGUAGCAAUGGAGGAGCUGCUGAGAAUGGGAAUGAGAAGAAGGGGUUCAAGAUCUUUGUGGGCUAUGACCCGCGUGAAGAUCUUGCCUUUGAGGUAUGCAAGCACUCCAUCUUGAAAAGGUCUUCAAUUCCUGUUGAGAUCAUACCAAUUAAGCAAUCGGAUCUGAGAAAGAGUGGCCUCUAUUGGCGUGAGAGAGGCCAAUUUGAGAGCACUGAGUUUUCCUUUUCAAGAUUCUUGACACCAUGUUUGGCCAAUUACCAAGGUUGGGCCAUGUUUGUGGAUUGUGAUUUUCUUUACUUGGCUGAUAUCAAGGAGUUGAGAGACUUGAUUGAGGACAAGUAUGCCAUCAUGUGUGUUCAACAUGACUAUGCUCCAAAAGAGACCACUAAAAUGGAUGGGGCAGUGCAAACUGUGUACCCAAGAAAGAACUGGUCUUCAAUGGUUCUCUACAACUGUGCUCAUCCCAAGAACCGUGUUCUCACUCCUGACACUGUGAACACACAGACUGGUGCUUUCCUUCACAGGUUUCAGUGGCUUGAGGAUGAUGAAAUUGGCUCCAUCCCUUUUGUUUGGAACUUUCUUGAGGGGCAUAACAAGGUUGUUGAAAAUGAUCCCACUACUUUACCAAAGGCCAUCCAUUAUACUCGUGGAGGGCCAUGGUUUGAGGCUUGGAAGAAUUGUGAAUUUGCGGAUCUCUGGCUGAAUGAAAUGGAAGACUACAUGAAGCAAGCCAAAAAAGAAUCUACUGAUUAGAUUCAAUCAGCUGAUGGCAUUAUGCAUUUGGAUAAUAUGGAUUUGUACUAUUCUUUUAUGUCAAAUUCGUUUUGCAAAAUCCGCGUCUAAUGAUGCAUGUUAUGACCUAUGAGAGUCUCCAGGAAAAUAAUCACUGCUAGUCCAUAUCUUAUCUUGUAGUAUUAGUAUUCUUUACGGUAUUACAUUAUAUUAACCUUGGCAUUUCAUAGGAAAUGCUCUUCUUGACGAUGUUGUAUCUCAUUUUUUAUUUGUUUAUUGACCUCCCUAGGACCUUUAAGGAGGUAAAUUUACCACUCUGUAUUGAAUAUUUUAAUUAAGCCUUCACUAUUACGAUUAUA